CAGUAUCAGUAUUUGAACGAAAAUAACAAAAAUAAAUUAAUGAAGAAGUGAAAAAACACAAGCGAAGUAAAUAUGUCGUCUCGUCUGUUAUUUGUGGUAUAAGUCGAAUGUAUACUAUUCGCCAUCGUAAACAAGAGUUUGCAAAGCAUUAAUUUUUUUAAAUUUUUGUGAGAUAAAUUGCAUUAGUUUAUCUUAUCCAAUUAACUAGAUAGAAAAAAAUCUGUCGACACACAAAGUGCCAACCUAUAAACUACGUUCAAUAAAUACGACAUUUGAAAAGUGGAAAAUACGUGUGUUGUUCGUGAAAUUAAUUUUGUUGCGAAAAAAAAUAAUGUGCAUUUGCUUGAUAUUUUUUGUUUGAUAUAUUAUUUUUCGUAUGUCUCUAUCAUUGAUACACACAGCACACGAAAAAAAGAAAUCAACAAAAUCAGUGUAAAGAAAAUAUACAGCGAAGACAGUGUUAUUUUGGUAUUCAUCAGUUCGGCUCUUCGCAACGCAAUGUUAUGUGCUCCAAGUAAAUGACUGUGUAUUUUGUAUGUUUUUUUUUUGCUAUUGCUGCUGCUGAUGUUGUAGGAGACGCAGUGUAUUUCACCAGACAAAGAAACAAGUAGACUAUUGCGUUUUGCGUAAAACGACUCCAAACCCAAACCAAACAGAGAUAAACCGAUAAAUUGUGGUAACGAGAAAAAACCCAUCGAAGUUUUUAUUAUUUUUUUUCGGUAAAUCAACUUUCUCCAUUUGUUAUCGCAAUAAUAACCGGAAUACAACAGAAACCCUAUCAAAGUGAUGAAGCAUUGGAAUAAUUAGAUUUAUGCAAAAAAAAAUCAAUCAUUUAUUGUCGCUGCUAUUUUUUUGUGUGUGUGCUCUAGGCAAAUAUAUGCAAGGACAGGCAGACCAGUGUAAUGAUUAUAAAAAUCGAAUGGAGAACUAAACACGGAACUGAAUAAAAACUUCUAAUCGUUUUACACAAACCAGAGAAUAAUAGCACUAAAAUCGGGCCGAAACUAGAUUCAUAAAACCAUAUGUCGUGCGUCAAUACAUAUUCGAUUUUUUGUGUUAGAAUAUUGAGCCAAUUUUCAUUCAAAACGACGAAUGCAAUCAUGAAUUGACCUUACAGCCCAUACAUUCUCAUCGCCGACACCAUCGCACGUUAGUUGUGUUUUUCCCUUUCAUUCGUUCGUUCGUUGAUUCGAUUUCGGUAUUAUUUUUUUUCUUUGCCGUUUGUUUUUUUUUUUUUUUUUGUUAUUUUCAUUUGCAUAUUUAAAUUGCUGGACAUUUGGUGCAAUAAAAUUGAUUGAGAGAAAUAAAGUUUGCACUUUUAUAUGUUUGAACUGUGCACGAGUCAAAUCAAGAAGUAACGCUAAAAGAUUGAAUUUGCUUUGUUUGAAGCUGAUAAUUUAUUUUUGUGAUAGAAUAACCCUUUUCAUUCAUUUGAUAAAUGUGAUGCGUAACGAAGGGUGACAAAACCAAAGCUAAAGCAAACUAAAAUAAAACGCAAAUAAAUAUUAUAAUCGAUCAUCUAAUACUAGUUAAACAAAAAAUAGUGACACAAAAAAAAACUACAAAAAUGGGCAAUUGUUUUAAACGGUCAACGACAGACGACAUCUCUCUCUUGCGAGGUGGCAAUGAACCAAAUCGAGAAUCUACAGAACAAUUGGGACCGUCACCAUUAUAUUCGGAGGUCUUGCAACCAGUAUUCUAUCCAUCACCGUCGGUGAGUCGGCCAGUGUCUCAUCUAACUGAGGAGGAACAAGUGAAAAUAGCAAAACGUAUCGGUUUAAUACAACAUUUACCCGUUGGCUUGUACGAUGGAUGCAAAAAGGCUCGCGAAUGUGUUAUUUGUAUGAUUGAAUUCAAUGUGGGCGAUUCAAUCCGUUAUCUACCUUGUAUGCAUACCUAUCAUGUUGGCUGUAUUGAUGAUUGGCUAAUGCGUAGUCUAACAUGUCCAUCUUGCCUCGAACCGGUCGAUGCAGCACUUCUCACCACUUAUGAAACUUGCUAAAAUCUGCGUUUUACUCUUUUCGCAUCUCAUCCAAACGCGAGGAAAGAUGAUGAAAUUAUUGACCUUUUUUAUACAUUAAAAAAAUCGAUAAGAGAGAAUAAUUUUUAUUUUUGAAAUUAUUUUAUUUUUCGUCGAAAAAGUAAUCAUUAUUUUUUUGUGACGAUUUAAUGUGCGGGUCGACAUAUGACCAUUGUCACUUGAUGACUGCAUAUAAUAAUAUAUAUAUUAAAACAUUUUACUAAUGUUAUUUAUUAGAACCUCAACUCGAUUAUAAAAUGAAAAAUUCUAUUCAAAUGAAAGAAAAAAAGUAAAGAACAUCCAAUAAUUAGAAUAAUAAUAUUAAUAAUAAUUACAUUUUGAUUUGGAACAGAUUUCGGUUACGGUUUACAAAUUGUCUACAAUAACGAAAUAGUUCUGUCUUUUUUUGUGUAAAUGAACAGCUUUUAUCCAAAUCUCUUUCCAAAAUUUAAACAAAACUAAAAGAAUAAACAAUAAAAAGCGUAUGAACAACAAUAAUAAACUAUGAUAAAUAAAUCGAGAUUGUAUUUGAAAAUUGUGAAAAAAGGGAAAAAAUGUAUAUGUUGUUUAGCUAAACAAAUGAAUAUGUGUAUAUUUGCAAAGUUGAUGCUUGUUUGGGUUUAAUAGAGAAAUAGCUUAUACCAUUUAUUUAAUUAUCUAUUCUUUACACCAUUUAUUAUAUUAUAUUUAGUAACACAUAUCUGUGUAACUUUUUUCUUUUUUGGUAUUUUCUCUUACGUCUCUAACGUUUCAAUUGGAAUCCACAUUUGAAAGAACAAAGCCAAUUAACUAUAAAUUUUAUUAGCAUUGAUCGGAUUAAGAUUGGUUA